CCACUCCCCUACUAGGGCAUUAGCCAGUCCUUUAUAUAGACAGUCGUUUUUUCUAAUACCCAAUACCCAUCUCGAUCUUAUUCUAGCAAAUCAAUCGCCUGCGAUAUGACCUUUUCCUGUCUAGAAGAAUGGUCAAAAUCACUCGCCCGCGAUAUAACACGGCUUUCCGGUCCAGAAAUAACCGCAGACAUUCCUGCCCUAACAUCGAAAGCUCAAUCAGAAAUUGACGAUGAACUCACGGCACUUAAAGAGAGAAUGCGAUAUCUUCGGACGCGCCGAAACAGUCUCUCUCCCGUAUCCUCCAUCCCUCCAGAGAUCCUUGGCGCCAUUUUCGACCAUCAUGUUCAACGGACGCAAUUGCUUCAUGCUCCUGAUGCCCCUGCUGUUCUUUCGUGGCUCAAUAUCGGACAUGUUUGUCGCCACUGGCGCGAAGUUACUCUUGGGACACCGGAGUUAUGGGCUACUCCGUUUCUUGUUUCCUUACAAGCCACAGAGGAAAUGCUCUUGAGGUCUAAAAUGGUUCCCUUGAAAUUGAGAACCGGUCGGCGAUAUCGUAUUGACUGCGUCCAAAAGACAUUGACGCACAUAGAGCGUCUGCAAGAGGUCUCUCUCCCAUUUUUCAGUCACGCCUUCGGUAGUGGCACGACGCACCACUGCAUAGCAGAAUUCCUUGACAAAUUAUCAUCUUGUUCUGCUCCCAAACUACAAUCGCUUUUUUUUGAAGUAGAGUUCAAACAAACACCACGUAUAACAAUUCCGACUUCUUUCCCCGCACCCAACCUUCGCAGUCUCCAAAUCAAGCACUGUGAUCUAUCAUGGGUGUCACCCGUCCUCACAGGACUCACAGUCCUUACUAUUAAAAAAUUAUCACCUGAAUGUCUUCCGACUUUAGAAGAGUUGAUCUCUGCGCUCCGUCGUAUGCCUGCUCUGCACACUCUCGAGUUAGAAGAUGCUCUCCCGACUCUUCCCCUUCAAACGACGUCACUUCCUCGCACACCUCGCGCCAUGAAUGUUCGACUUCCCCACUUGAAACAGUUAUGUUUGGCGGCGAAGAUGUUGGAAGUGGCCAACGUGCUAGCUCGCAUUGAAUUACAGGAAUCUACAACGGAAGUUCGACUUUUUUGCGAGGGGUUUUCAGGAAAUCCGAACCAUCAAUGGAAUGCGAGCCUUCCCAUCAUAUCUCGCGCCUUGAAAAGUUGCUUCAAAGCCAGUCCAGAUAAGUCUCGACCAGUCCCGCGUUCCAUGCGACUAUCAAGCACUGGUAAUUGCAUUCGUUUGCACUCUAGUGCGGUCCGGAACCCUCCUUCGUGGGUGGGGUCAAAGUCUGGGGCUUAUCUGGAUCCGGAUUUGUUGGCAGAGAAUUCCGUCACUCUCUUAUUUGACUUUCCGGAUAACAUGAGGAGGACAAUCCUUAGUGACUUGCAAAAGGUUGUUCCUCUUGGGAGUAUUGAGGCCAUGUACUUCCACUUUUUCUUCCCUUGUUGGGAUGGCUUCUGGACUGAUCUUCUUGGCCGCGACGCUACUCGUAAUCUUGCAUACAUGCACAUACAAGGACCAUGCCAGGCUCUUGAAGAACUUCUUAAAUCCCUGCGUUCACGGAAGCACAGUGUAUCGCGGCGUGUAGACGGGCGUUCGCAACAAGGACCCAUUUUUGCCCCAGUACUCUCCCAUCUUGUCCUUCACGACCUGGAAUUCGGUUCCUCCAUUUUGAACUGGCUGCGGCCUUCUGACCUCCUUGACGUGCUCAUUGAUCGCGUCAACGAAGGUCGGGGGUUAGACCGCCUUGAGUUUAUUUCAACCGCGGGUAUACUCGCCCGCGACGUGAAGUUGUUGCGAGAGGUGGUGGCCGAUGUGAGCUGGGACGAAUACGAAAGUUCCGACGAAGAUUCCGACCACGACUAUGACUAUGACUAUGACAGUGAUUAUGAUGAUCCCAUUGAUUACGGUUUCUACAGUGACCACGGAUAUUCCUCCUGAUAUGAUUCUGUCGGCUCAAAUAAAGGCCGUGCAUUGCGUAGAUAGCUACGUGUGUUUUCGAUUUAUUUCUCUCGCUAAGUAUCAUAUUUAUUCUAAUGGGUCUCGUAGAAGCGCAGGCCGCGUAGCCAGCAAAAGGAUUUUCCCGGAGGCGAGCUCCGAUACUAAUCGUC